AUGGUUAUUGAGCUUCUUGGAUCAAACCUCCAAGAACUUCUGGACAGAUGUGGUGGAAAGUUCAGCUUGAAGAAAGUUUUAAUGCUUGCAAAUCAACUAAUAGAAGCAGUGGAGUGUAUGCAUGAUAAGGGUGUUAUUCACCGUGAUAUAAAGCCUGAAAAUUUGUUAAUGGGUUUGGGGAGCAAUGUUUGUCAGGUAGCUGUUCAAUUAUGUGUACCUUACAGAUUUUGGCCUUGCAAACAACAAGGUAGACGCAAUGAUAUGGAGUCUCUUGCUUAUGUUCUUGUGUAUUUCCUCAAAGGAAGCCUUCCAUGGCAGGGAUUGAGUGCAGGAAGCAACGAAGAGGAGAUAAAUGAGGAUGUAAUGAGGAAGAAGUUUGCCAUUAAACCUGAGGAGCUAUGUGAAUCAUGUCCACCUGAGUUUGCAGUAUGGAUCACAUCUUGUCAAUGUACACACUUCGAAGAUAUGCCAUACUAUACGUCUAUUAAGGCUAGGUGUCGUCGACUCUUUAAGUCUAAAGGCUAUGUCUUCGAUUAUGAAUAUGAUUCGGCCGAAACUCCAAAAAACGACAUCAAGUUGGGAACAUCGGUUGAGAAGCCAGGAAUAAUCUUGGCUACUCAAGAUAUCCAUGAUUUAGUAGAACCGUUUUCCAGAAUCAGGAUUAUUUCCGAAGAUGUUUUAGAUUUGAAAGAAUCAUAAUUUUAUUUAUGGUUUUUAUCAUUUUGUAGAAUGUUUUAAAUUGAAUCCCGAAGAAUUUUCCAUGUUCUUGAUAUUGUG